AACCAACCGUGCAAGCGAAUCGAGUUUAGUAAACGAGACGCGAUCCAUUCGAUUGUCGAACGAGAUUCCUCGCGUGAACAACCGACGAGUUCAAGAUCAAGAUCAAAAUACAACGGGAACAACACGAGAUUGUUCGGGGAAAAAACACUUCACAAAGAUAUUGCGGUAUUUGCUUUGCUGGAAACCGGUCGGCUCGGAUCGUUCACCGUUUGAAGAACGACGUGUUUCGAUGAAACGGUCACUUUGCCCGCUAUUCGGUACAGCUAAUCAACCGACCGGUAGAUCGUUCGUCUUUUAAAGACGUCUCGAUACAGAAUCAGCAGACGUUCGUACUGCCAAGCGCCGAUUAACACGCGAAACUUGUUUCCAACAAGUUGCAAUUUUUCAAUACAUGGAUAACGUGUUUGCUGGAAGAAUAUUUAAUUUGGCAUAAUUGGUGUAUUGUUAUAGCAUAUUUAAAUCUUUUUUACAGAUUUCAAGAUGUCAUUAGGAAAGAAUUUUCUAGUACUUCCCUUAUUACUUGUGGUUCUUAUCUAUACGACAGUUUCAGCAAACCAACCUCCGAGAAUAGUUUGUUACUUCAGCAACUGGGCGAUUUAUCGUCCGGAUGUCGGCAGUUACAAAAUAGAUGAUAUUCCGGCUGAUUUGUGUACCCACCUCAUUUACUCAUUUAUCGGGGUUAGCAAUGUCACUUGGGAGGUACUUGUCUUGGAUCCAGAACUAGACAUUGAUAAGGGCAAUUUCUUAGCCUUCACCAAUCUCAAAUCUAAGUAUCCUCAUUUGAAAACCUCCGUGGCUAUUGGUGGUUGGGGAGAAGGUGGCAGAAAAUACAGUGCCCUGGUCAGCUCAAAAGAAAGGCGCGAUACUUUCGUCAAAAGUAUAGUUGAAUUCAUAGAUAAAUAUAGUUUUGACGGUUUGGAUCUUGAUUGGGAAUAUCCUGGCGCCUCUGACAGAGGUGGCAAAUUCUCCGACAAGGACAAUUUCUUCUACUUCGUCGAAGAAUUGAGACGCGCUUUUAACAAAGAACACAAAGGAUGGGAGCUAACUAUAGCGGUACCAUUGGCAAAAUUCCGACUAGACGAAGGUUACCAUGUACCAGAACUGUGCGAACUUAUGGAUGCCGUCCACGUAAUGGCUUACGAUCUUCGUGGCAACUGGGCUGGAUUCGCUGAUGUACAUAGUCCACUUUAUCGUCGACCGCACGAUCAAUGGGCAUACGAGAAAUUGAAUGUGAACGAUGGUCUUCGACUUUGGGAGGAAAAAGGCUGUCCUGCUAAAAAACUGAUCCUUGGAAUUCCAUUAUAUGGACGUACAUUCACCCUUAGUUCAAGUAACACCAAUUACGAGCCAGGCACUUACAUUAAUAAAGAGGCUGGUGGUGGUAAUCCUGGGAACUACACGCAAGCUAAGGGAUUCCUUUCUUACUACGAAAUCUGUCAGAGCCUGCAAGCUCCAAGUAGUAACUGGACCCAAAAAUUCGACAAUAUUGGCAAAGUUCCAUACAUGUAUCAAGGAACACAGUGGGUUGGUUAUGAAAACGAAGAAAGUGUGAAAUACAAAAUCGAUUUCUUAAAGAAUUCUGGAUAUGGUGGCGCCAUGGUUUGGGCCAUCGACAUGGACGAUUUUCAAGGACUUUGCGGUCAAAUUAAUCCUCUGAUGAAUAUCAUUUACCAAGGCUUGAAAGGAUAUAACGUACCAAACAAAGACUUCCAUACCACUCCUACACCUGAUUGGGCAAAACCACCGAGUACCACGUCGUCAGAUAAUAUUCAGACUACUCGAAGUACUCAAUCUACUGUUCAAUCUACUCCAUCAAUGAACAAUCCCACUCAAAGUACUCAAUCUACUUCAUCUACGAAACAGCCUACUCAAAAUACUCAGUCUAGUACUCAAUCUACUCUACCUACGAAGAACCCUACUCAAUCUACCUCAUCUACUUCUUGCACUGCAGGAGAGGUAGAUAAAUCUGAAUCUACCCAACAACCGAUAAAUGUUGGUGGCGAAGCGGAGAAUAUCGAUUGUGAAAAUGCUGAUAAAUUCAUUCCGUCUAAAGACUGCCGCUUUUAUUACGAAUGUGCUCAUGGGACACCAGUGAAGUUCACGUGCCCCAACAACUUAAUUUGGAACACAAGGAACAAUAUCUGUGAUUGGCCAUUCAAUGCUGAUCGAGAAGAGUGCCGAUUUGAAUAAAAUUUCGAGAUUGGGACGCGUUGAAAAAAUUUGAUCGUGAUAUUUGAAUGUGGGCCAAAUAAUCGCUACAUCUUGCUACCGAAAGUGUGAUAUGCAGUAAAUUACGACUAUGUAUUAUCUUAUUCAUUCAUAUAUCAUAAUCGUAUGUUGUAAGACGUAUCUGACGAUGAAUAUUCAAUAAACAUCACGUCAUUUAUAAAAACAAUUUACAAAAUAUCAUGUUGUAUCAUUGAUUAACUAGGAUAGAAGAGACAUCUAAUGCUUUUCCGUGUCCUAUGUUAUGUUUUACAUUUUUGUGUCACACUUUAUCAUAUUCGAAUUAGGCAGGUUUUACACCGUGGCACUAUUAAUAAUAAGAAUCAAAAUCAGAAAUUGUAAAUAAUGUUGUUACGUCCACACUGAAAAUUAUUUAUUGAACUGAACAUGAACGCUUUAUUACUUGCAAAACUGUUCUUGAGAGACUUAAUAAUUAACUAUAAUAUAAUUAUUUCCCAAAUUAGCAUUAUAUGCCACAAACGCUAUAUGUCACAGAUGUAAACUAGCAUUUAGUAUAUCUCAACAGAAUUAUAAGUUAAAUCUAACCGUGUAAACGUAGUUUCACUUUGUAAAAAAUAUAGAAAUUACAGUAUUGUUGCCUUAAAUAAAUGGAAGCUAUGAAACAAUAAAA